AUGCUCCUGGACGCGGGACCACAGUAUCCUACAAUAGGAGUCACUACUUUCGGCUCCUCGCGGCAUCACUCAACAGGCGAAGUCACGGAGAGAGAAGUGGCGUUGGGGAUCAAUCCUUUCGCGGACGGGAUGGGCGCCUUCAAAAUAAACCACAGCUCCCACGACAUCGGCUCCGGACAGACGGCGUUUUCCUCCCAGGCGUCCGGCUACGCCGCCGCCGCCGCCCUGGGACACCACCACCACCCGACCCACGUCAGCUCCUACUCCACGGCGGCUUUCAACUCCACGCGGGACUUUCUCUUCAGGAAUCGGGGUUUCGGCGACGCCACCAGCGCGCAGCACAGCUUGUUCGCGUCCGCAGCCGGAAGUUUCGCGGCAGGGCCACAUGGACACUCGGAUGCCGCGGGACACCUGCUCUUCCCCGGGCUGCACGAGCAAGCGGCGAGCCAUGCGUCCUCCAACGUGGUCAACAGCCAGAUGCGGCUGGGCUUUUCGGGAGAUAUGUACGGCAGGGCCGACCAGUACGGCCACGUUACGAGCCCCAGAUCCGACCACUACGCCUCGACCCAGCUACACGGCUACGGCCCUAUGAACAUGAAUAUGGCCGCGCACCACGGAGCAGGGGCCUUUUUUCGAUACAUGAGGCAGCCCAUCAAACAGGAGCUCAUCUGCAAGUGGAUCGAGCCGGAGCAGUUGACGAACCCCAAAAAGUCGUGCAACAAAACUUUUAGCACGAUGCACGAGCUGGUGACCCAUCUGACUGUGGAGCAUGUGGGGGGACCCGAGCAGUCCAACCACAUUUGCUUCUGGGAAGACUGCUCGCGGGAGGGCAAACCGUUCAAAGCCAAAUACAAACUUGUGAAUCAUAUCAGGGUACACACCGGAGAAAAGCCCUUCCCGUGUCCGUUCCCCGGCUGCGGCAAAGUAUUUGCCCGAUCGGAAAACCUAAAAAUUCACAAAAGGACUCACACCGGUGAGAAGCCUUUUAAGUGCGAGUUUGAAGGCUGCGACAGACGGUUCGCGAACAGCAGCGACCGCAAGAAACACAUGCACGUGCACACGUCGGACAAGCCCUACCUCUGCAAAAUGUGCGACAAGUCCUACACGCACCCGAGCUCCCUCCGGAAACACAUGAAGGUCCACGAAUCGUCCAACCCAGGAUCCCAGCCAUCACCAGCGGCCAGUUCAGGUUACGAGUCAUCCACACCCCCGACCAUCGUAUCACCUUCCACAGAGAACCAGAGCAGCAGCUCCAUAUCUCCAGCAGCGUCAGCAAUACACCACACAACCAGCCACAGCACCCUGUCGUCAAAUUUCAAUGAAUGGUACGUGUAA